GAUAUGUCUUGUGGAAGCAACAAGAAACAAGAAACCUCGUAAAACUUCUUCUGUCUGUGUCAAAAUCAUAGUCACAAUCAUCGUCUUCUUUCUCCAAUUCUUUAAUCAUUUUCUCCUAAAUUUCUCAAAGUUCGUUAAUUUUUUCUUCAAUUGUGUUUCUUCCCUGCAAUCGAUAAAUCUUUUCCAUUUUUUCUCUUUUGGGUCUUUCUCUCUGUUGCUUAUUGAAAUGGCUAAUUGGAGAAAAAACCAAGAGAUCAGUAAUCAUCAAGUGGGUCACUGGAGAUCCUCAUCUUAUAAUGGAAAACCACCUUUGGAUAAUAGGUUUCCAACAGUUCCUUCGUGGGAAAAGAAAUUUUGUGCUUCGGUUGGCUCAGUUCCAUGGAAAAAGAUAAUAGAAUGCAAGAGGUAUAUGUAUAUGCAUUCCAGUGUGGUAAACUGGGAAGACUCUGCUGUCAAAGAGACAUUUGACAAUGCAAAAAACAGGUUUUGGGCUGCGAUCAACGGAUUUCCCUGCAACAUUCCGUUGCCUGAUCCGGACAUGUACAUCGAUGAUGUAGAUUGGGAUGCGAGUGUCGAUCCUGAACUCUAUCUGGAUUUGGAUAGAGAAGUAGAGGCCAGUCGGAACAUGAUAGAAAAGAGCCAGGAGACUGUGAUUUUAGGAAGUUCUCUUCUAUUAAAUCAGUCAUUAUCCGGUCCUGGAUGGGGAAUAGAACCUACUGGAUGGGGGGACGAUGAAGAAGUAACAAAGCCCCCUGAACCAAAUCCAGCCUGUGGAUGGGGAUGGGGCGCCGAGGAAGAAGUAACGAAGCCUCCCGAACCAAGCUAUGCUGCUGAUGGAUGGGGAUCAAACAAUCAUGAAAAUAAUGAAACCAACUCUUGGGAACAGAAUGUUUCUCAAAGGUGGAUUCCAAAGGAGCAAUAUGGUGGUGACUUGGAUAACAAGUAUCAAACAAGUAAUGGUGGGAAUACAAAUUGGAGAACAUGGGAAGGAAAUAACAGAAGGAGAGAGAAUAGUACGUCGUGGUCUAAGAACCCUGCAUAUCACAAUGAUAAUAAUGAAUAUCAGAUGAAUCGAGGAAGAAGAAAUGGAGGAGGAGGAGGAGGAGGAGGAGGAGGAGGAGGAGGAGGAGGAGGAGGAGGAAGGAGAGGACAUUAUAGUUAUGUGGCCAAGGUAGCUAGUCCCAGUGCAUGGUAAAUUCCUUGGAUUGCAAGAAAGUCCUGUGAAGCUGCUAAAGUCUCAGUUUUGUCAAAGUAGCUGAGGAUAUAUGUUUGUUAUCUAGGUGUUAUAUAUGUGAGAUAUUCUAUCAUAUAGUAAGAACUAUGGCCUUUUACUUCUUUGUUACAUUCAUCAGAUGGGUUUAUGGUAUAUUGGUCUUUGUAAGAUUAAGAAAUAUUUUUAUGGUGAUCAAUGAUUCAGUACAUUAGUACUGGUAUUAUUAAAGUAUAUGAAAUAUGCAGUUACAAUUGAAUGAA